UCCAGUGUGAGCAAGCUAGCUGGGCCCUCUGUUGCUGCUCAGUUUGGCCACACCGACUUGUGCGUCUAUUUUGGUAUCAUUUGAGUUCACAAUCAGAAGCCCGGCCACACCAGCGCAUUCGAACAUGGAUCUCAGGGCUUGACUCACUUUGGUGGAUCCUUGGAUUCUACUUUUAGGACUUGGUUUUAUGCAAACCUUGGACUCUUAAACUCAGCAUGAAAGACCCAUCAUCAAGGAAAUUUAUGUAACCCACCGCUUUCCAGAUGUCAGCCUGAGCAGGAAGAAACUGGAGCCUGCAGAGGAGAAGCAGCUGUACAGGAGGCAGGGCUGGUGAUGCAAAGACACAAAGACAGUUACUGACAUCAUGAGCUGCGUGGAAAAGCGACACAUGAGCCAUCGGGCAGGGAGCAUGCUCCAUCACCGCUUCCCCAAUGGCUUCACGGACAUGUUCAUGGAUGAGACCGAUCGGGAGGUUAGCACUCUCACCGAUCGAGCCUUCCGAAGUCUCUGCGUUGGAGAUGAUGCAGUUUACAAUGAUGAAUUCUUGUGUGGAUACUCGCCUUUCAGCUGCCACAAACCUCUGGCAGAGGAGCCACUUAAAAAGAAUCCAAUUAAGGAAUCUAAAAAACAGGGGCAAAGCAAAAGUGAGAAAAACCACACCCAGCCAUGGAAACACCAUCAGCAGAAAAAUAUAUCCCACAUGUCAUCUUUCCUCAAAGCAUUAAGCGCCACAGAAGAAAGCUGCAAGGGGAUGUUAAUCAAAAAUGGAAGCACGACUGAUGCUAAUGGAGAAUCGUGGGAUAAAACAGCACUUCGCAGCAUUCAAAGAGAGCUGUCAGAAUUCUCCUCAGAUUAUCACACCAGUCUCACAGAUCAUCGUUACAAAAACCCUCUUCAGCAUCAGUGUGGUGAUGGCUCAUCCAGCAAAACAGGCAAAGACAUUGGCCUUCCUACAGGAAAAUCCAAAAGGAUUAAAAAUGGGAAGGCCACUGUCAAAUUAAGAAAACUUAACAUUAAAAACUUUUUUCUCCACAGUGAGUUUAGUCCUUUUCAGACAUGGAAUGAUUUUAACCAGUUUCCCUUUGUCCAGGGGGAUGCAGUGAGCUCCGUUCUCCCCAUAGAUAAUAUCCCUAAAAUGUACGAGUUGCCGCUAUACAAGGAACUAACCGAGGCAUGUAGAAAAGAAACUUUGCAUGCGGAGAAGCCUCUGUCAUCUCAGAAAGAAGAAGCUCAGCCUUGUUCUCCCACUCCUAAACCCAUCCCUCCCCCACAUCCACCAAAGGUCCUACCAAAGCCCUCAGUGGCUCCAGCUGAGAAGAGGUGCUCAUCCGAUGGAGGGAAUGGGACUGCUGCCCCCUGGAGGCGCAACAGGUCCAGAGCAACAAGUGCUGUUCUGGUCAAUCAGCCUGGGAUGACUCCUCAAGAAAACAAUUUGAAAACAGUGGAUGAAAGUCUUUUGUUGGUCAAAAAGGAAGUCAUAUCUGUGGAAGUCAAAGCAGUUGAGGAGGUCAGCUCUGUAGCUUCUACACCGUUCAGCAUCUGCCAGCUGAUGACUCCGCUCAUUCCCUCCAGGCAGCCGACAGAAACAUCAGAAAUCCUCCAAACGGUCCUCUCACCCUCUGCAUUUGACCUUCCACUCAGGCCGCACUCUGAGGCCAAGGGGACCCCUGAACCUCCAGUUAAGCGGGAAAGCUACAAAUCACUUGCCUCCAGCAUCCUCUUCAACCUCAAAGACAAUAGGAAAAGGGUGAAGAGCCGCUACAGUCCCCCUAAAUUCAAAACUGUGGAGCUGCCUGAAGGCGGCACAGACGACAAUCAGAAAAAUCCACAAGCUGGCUCUGAAGGCAGUGGAUCUGGCUUAAGCACACCUGCCAUGACGAAAGAUGGACUGACAGUCUGCAGUCCUAUUUUGGAAUCCCACGGAUCCCCAACUGUUGAUCUUACAGAGGAAACGUGUGACAGGCCUCUGUCAGACGAUUAUUUGUUGUCAAAUCUACUGCAGAGCAAAAGGGAGGCUCUUGGGGAAGAAAACCCCACACCCCCCUUUAUAUACCCAAAAAAGAACAAGAGCUCGAUGGCUAAAAAGCAAAACUACCCUUCUUUGAAUCUGUACAAGAAAGCCAGCUCUGUUGACGGUGAUAUAAAAUAUCUUCAAGUCCCUCAGAGCACACCUGCACAUACAGAUGCACCAACCGAGGCGCAGAAAGUUUCGCCGCUUAUGGUAAACAAAGAGCUUUCCCCUAAGGCACUGCCAGCGAACACGGGGCUUUCACCAAACACUUCAAACGUCAUCAAAGAUUGCUUACCCCUAAUUUCACCACACACGCUUGAGAAUGAGGGUCUGUCAUCAGUAGGGAAAAGGCCCCCAAAUGUGCCAGAGAAAACAAAAUGUCCAGUGAAAGACAGGAAGGAUAAAGACUUUGGGGCACAGCAGACGUCUAAGGAAAAAGAGGCCAAUGGCCAAAUAAUAAGCACAGUGGAUGUGAUCAGAGCAGCGAGAGAAGCAAUUAGUGCAGCCAAAACUAAAGCUCAAUCAGAUAGCAUCAACAAGCACACAGCAGACAGAGAAGAACUGCGGCAGAAAGAAAUUGAUCAGAAUGUUUCAAAGGAGGUGUUAGGGAGCAAGACGGAGAGUUUGGUGGCAGAAAGUAAUGUUUUAUCCCAAAACAGGAAUGAACUGAAUAAUGGAAAGCAGGUUAGCAAAAAUAGUAAUGUUAAGAAAGAGCCACCACCUGUUCCAGUGAGAAAUUUUGCUAAAUCUGAUAUUAAACUUCCUCUUGAUAAACAGCAAAUGCGUAAUGAUGAAUUGGAGGAUGCAAAACUAGAUUUGCCACCAGAAGAAAAUGAUUCCAUCCAGAAACAAGGCAAGCUAAAAUAUAUAUUCUCAGCCAGACAGAACAACUAUAUAAAAUAUCAGAGAUUUGCAGUGACCGAUGAUGAACAAGUCGAGGAGAAUGAAGAGGGCAAUCCGAAUGCGAACGCAAGAGUGGAGUUGGAUGAUGAGGUGAGAGAAAUUAAAGAUAGCGAGCACAUAAUUAAUGAUUUGAAUGCUUUGAAAGAGCUGGAGAGAGCCAGGCUUGGUAAUCACAUUCUUGAAAACGCGAUGAGCAAACUGGGGGUGGUUAACAUAGACGAGGAGACGAAGGCUAAAAAUGAUCUGAUCUCAAGGGAGCUUCGAAAUAUAAAGAGAGGCAUGCUGUCGAUGAGAGGCAACACGUCAGCCAAGAGAGAAAUGUUUGCAAAGAGAGAAAAGGAGCAGAACAAACAGGAGGAUUUCGCAAAGUUAGAUAGCAAUGUUAUCGUAAACAAAGCGCUCAUAAAUGACAACUAUGACAAAGCCAAAAUGGCACUCGAAGAGAUCAUCUCAGAAAGGGAGAGGAGGAAGAAUAAAUUAAUAGAAACAGAUACAAAUCCACAGUUAGAUGAGAAACUUUGCAGUGAAAGUUAUACAACAAGGGCACAGCAAAGUAAAAACUCUACAAAAGAUGCUGUUACACUGAGGAGAGAAAAAGAAAAUGACAGCACUUCUGCGCUUAAAGAAAAGGAACUAAAAGAAAUGUUGAGUGAUCUGAGAGACCACAAUCACCUGAGACAGAUUUUGGCACAGACUGAACCUAGACUUGGAGAGACACACAGAUCAGGCGGUAGGGUGGCACUACCUGGCUUGAACAAGACUAGCAGUGAGGUGAACACACUCCAAAAAUCUACAGGCAGACAUUUGAAUGACAAACUUACCGAUCAUUCUAGUCACGAUAAUCCAGAGGCUAAUUCAAAACAAGUUGCCAGACAGACGUCUGAGGAUAGUGGAGAUUACCUGAUGAAUGAAACUGUAGGCAGCAAAAUUGACGCUCCUCCUGUUCCUCCUAGGAUCAAAAAAGGAGGUAAUAGGAGACGUGGAAGCGUCGCUAGCGAGAAAGACUCUGUGGAUGAAAAUGUCUACAACAAAGAUGGGAGAUAUGAAAAUCUUGAGGUACACCUUAACGCAAUGGGGAAAGAUUUAGCAGUACAAGAGGUAGAUAGUGAAGAUGCUGUGCCCAGUCAGAGUGAAAUCAACUCCAGUAAAGAGAGGUGGAAUUUGGAGGAAAGUCUGAUAUCAUCACAGUUCAGUGCAACUUGCAACAACUUGCACAUAAAUAUGAGCCCAAGGAGUGCAUCAGCUGAAAACAACACUGCUAAGGCACAGGAGGCAUGCAGGAUAAAGCGAAAGGCCCCAUUAAAACCAGAUCAUUUAAUCAUGGCUGAUGGCACGGUGACUAAGAAUGUAGUAACGGUUGAAGAACCUAAGAAAACACAUGAACCCAUUGAGGAUAAAAAUGUGGAUUCAGAAGCUCAUAACGAAAUCCCCAGAGAGAUAAUAUCGCCCUUGCUGCUGGUGAAUGGUGUUAGUGUAACUCAGAGCCCGCCCGAUCAGGCCAGCUUGUCCUCGAAAUCCUCGUACUUCUCUGUGGAGAGCACAGUCCACAACUUUGAAAAUGUAAUUGAAGAGGUGAAGGUGGUUAACGAGGCAGUGCGAAAUGUUUCGCGGAACACAAGAGGCGAUUCGGACAGGGCAGAAGUGGAAUAUUAUUCUUUAAGCGAUCACGAAAGCGAGCCAGAUGCUAUAAAGCAACCCAUAAAGUCUCCUCAACAAGAGCUGGAAGUAUGGAAGGCUAGCAAAGAGAGAGAAAAUGCAGAUACAGAUGAAAGAUUAACUAACACUGAAAGUAAUUCUGCAACUCUGUCACCUGUUAAUCCUUUCUCACCGACCUUGGGGAUCCCUUCCCUGUUUAAAGUCAAAGACAACACUUUUAGUAACAAAUUAAGGAAGACCAUACAACCCUGGUCACCCAGAGGGAGUCUGAGUGGUUCAGACAGGGGAGAGGAUGAGCUACAUCAUGCAAAGGAAUGUCCAGAGCUCACACUGGCUAAUGAAUCCAGUGCUACCACCAGUGGGAGGGCCGUAAUUCUAGCAGACAUUCUUACGCCUACAGAGAUGACAUCGAUUCAGUCACCACCCCAGCUGGCCUACCCUUCAAAUCUUCAAAAUGAAAACCCACAGAAGUCACAAGUUGGAGGGUUCCUCACUGUGCCACAGGAGGAAGACCGAUUUUCCGGGUUAAGCCCAUCAUCGGAAGGAGUGGAGAGUCUAACCACCAGCACAGCUGACACAUCCGAGGAGACGGUGUUGAACGCUGGGCUGACAGAACAAGAUACGACAAAGGGGUUCAGCGAAAGUGGUGGUGAUAAUGAAAGCCAAACAGGUCUGCUGAAGCCACCGCCCGUCCUACCUAAAUCGGAAAAGGCAGUUCUAAAAGCAAUCAAGCUUGCAAAUAGAAGGAUAAAGAAAGAAGAGGCCCAAAAGUCACCUCACAGGCCUUCUCAAAGCAGUAGCAACAGUAGCAAACACAGAGCAGAAAGACACAAGGCUGAUAAGUCUGAGCACAAAAGCAGCACUGGUAACAGAAAUGGCAGGGGGAGCGAGAAAAAACACAGAGGAAAAACUGAGGAUGAUCACAGCAGAAGCCACCAUAGUAAAAACAGCAACAGCCAGAGUGAGCAACUGCUAAACAAGAAUGAAAGUCUCAGCUGCAACAAAUCAGAAGUCAAGCAUGAGACUCUGAGACAGGAUCACGAAUCAUUGGAAAGUAACAGCCAGAGGAGAGAAGCCCUACCCAGUAUGGCAUCAGAAAGACAAGGCCGCAGCAGCCGCAGACACACUGGAGAUAAGACAGAGCAAAGACAUUGCAGUAGCGACAGGGUCAUCAGUACUGUGCCUGUGUACAAAGCUCACGUCAGUGAGAAACAAGUGCCAGACAGGGCUUUGCAUCGAACGCAAAGCACUGACUGGCAUUUAGGAGAUAGAGCAGAGCGCAGACUCAGUGCUGACAUGUCGGUCAAUGAGAAGCUUGAUCCCAGAACCCAACGCAUUGAGAAAUCCAUCAUGGAUGAGCUUCAGCAGAGAGGCCGAGCCAGAAACAAGUCCAACAGAGACAACCCUCUGAGACGGAGCCACAGUAUUGAUGCAUAUGCCACUGAAGUACCUCGCCCUUCACCUCUAUCCCGCCAAUCAAGCCACACCAGCCAGCUGUCUCGACAGUCUAGCAUGGAGCAUGCUAUCGUUACGCAGUCCUUCCCCAUGACCCAGCGUAAGCUCCUCCAGGAUCCAGACUCAGGACAGUAUUUUUUUGUAGACAUGCCUGUACAAGUCAAGACAAAAACCUUCUUUGAUCCUGAAACAGGAAGCUAUGUGCAGCUGCCAGUCCAGCCACCAGAAGGUGCUGUCCCUAAGGCAUCCCCUAUGGAGGUCUUGAGCCCUCCUUUGGUUGUUUACCAUGGCUUUGUCCCAGUGUCCUUGUCGCCCAUGGCUCCGAAAGCUACAAUUCAGGCACCUCACUUGGAGCCAGAGGACUUUGAGCAGAGGAAUAUAGAGAGAUCAAAGCAAAUGUACUGUAAAGAUGCACAUCCAUAUUUGGAACCUCUCUAUGGUCAGAACGAACACAUGUUAGGGGAGUUUAUAGGCACUGAGGAACUCGACUGUCCUAGCUGAUAGGCCAGAGGGUUUAAAAGGAAUGCUGUUUUGUAUCACUGAAUUGUGGUGUUUGUUGCAUUCCAGGAGUUUUUAAUACUUUUGUCGUUUUAAAACUCUUUCCCAACCAACUUUGCCUUCUUAUACUAUACCGGUAUUCGACAGGACUAUUAAAAAGCAACAACACUUUAGUGAUGGAUCUCUCUCUGUUUGGUUGUUGAACGCUGGUACAAAACAGCAAUCCCAGAAAGAAAUCAUUGAUCUUGUAAAUAUUUUUUGUUGUACUGCUACAUUUGGCCUGUUACAGACAGAAUGAGGGAAAAUGCACCACAAAUGUUCCCAGGAAUGUAAAGUUCAUUGCCAAUGCAUAUUUCAGGGCGGUUUUUUUUCCUUCAGUGUUGACUGUUUUUGCAGUUUAGGUCUGUGAUUGUGGUUUUGUUUUUCUUGCCUUCAAUUUUCAGGAGACACUGAAGUUGUGUCGGCUUUGUAAAGCUACUGAAGCUAUUAAUGGGUUUGUGAAAAGAGAAUGACUUUUAGAUGAGCAUAACCUGACAAAAGAUGAUGACGUUUUGGAUGAAUGAUGUCGAAUGUGCUAAUUUAAAUGUGGUUGAAAGGGUUUGCGUAAGACUUUUGAGUAAAAUGGACAUGGACGUUCCAUGUACAUAAUGUAUGUAAACAGAGAGGGUGAGCUUCAUUGUAAAAUGUUUAUUUAUUGUAAAUGCUGACAGUUUGUUAUAUAUUACAGUUGUAUUGGGUCUCCACAACUGUGUAGAUAUUGUAGCAUUUCUUUUACUACCUGAAAGGUUUGUUGUCUUCAGAGUUCCUUUUUCACCAGACGUAUACAGUCAUUUAUCAUUCGAUAUACUUGAACCAAAUCUUAUUGAUUUUAAUUAUCUCCAUACUUCAAAAUUUUGGAAACCUUUGCAUGCUAAAGUCCAAAUGGCACCUUUUGAUUAUGUUUUCAUUUAUACUGUCUGAAAGCUUCAACUGGUAUUAUUGGAAUUCAUGUUUUGUAUGGAGAGGAUAUGAGGGAGAAUUUGUUUUGCAAGUUUGUAGAAUCAAGCAGGGCUGUCUUGUGUCUGUGAUGCAUUCCAAUAAAAGAAAACAACUACUGUUAUGCA